AUAUGCCCCUCCAUGUGCGUCGCAGUAGUGACCCGGCCCUGGCGACAGUCAACGGGCCGUUCUGCGACCCCCGCGUGACCCUGCCGCCGGAGAAACCGUCCAGGAAGAACCCCACCCGCUGGUCCACCACGGCUGGCUUCCUCAAACCACGACGCUCUGUAGGAGGCACCAGCACUGGCACCAACAGCCUGGAGAGAAAGGUAGCCAACGAUCAUACAACUCUUAUCUCUGCAGUUGAACGGUUUUAAGUGAUGGUCCCCUGUACAGUAUCUUCAGUGUAUGACAUUAGCUGCCUGUAUCCUCUCUCGGGCUCUCCUCUCAUAGUGUACAGUAUGUAGACCUAUUUAGCAAGGGCCCCAGCUAAUAUAAAUACACACACACACACACACACACACACACACACACACACACACACACACAGUGGGGAAAAAAAAGUAUUUAGUCAGCCAACAAUAGUGCAAGUUCUCCCACUUAAAAAGAUGAGAGGCCUGUAAUUUUCAUCAUAGGUGCACGUCAACUAUGACAGACAAAUUGAGAAAAAAAAUUCCAGAAAAUCACAUUGUAGGAUUUUAAUGAAUUUAUUUGCAAAUUAUGGUGGAAAAUAAGUAUUUGGUCAGCCAACAAUAGUGCAAGUUCUCCCACUUAAAAAGAUGAGAGGCCUGUAAUUUUCAUCAUAGGUGCACGUCAACUAUGACAGACAAAUUGAGAAAAAAAAUUCCAGAAAAUCACAUUGUAGGAUUUUAAUGAAUUUAUUUGCAAAUUAUGGUGGAAAAUAAGUAUUUGGUCACCUACAAACAAGCAAUAUUUCUGGCUCUCACAGACCUGUAAAUUCUUCUUUAAGAGGCUCCUCUGUCCUCCACUCGUUACCUGUAUUAAUGGCACCUGUUUGAACUUCUUAUCAGUAUAAAAGACACCUGUCCACAACCUCAAACAGUCACACUCCAAACUCCACUAUGGCCAAGACCAAAUAACUGUCAAAGGACACCAGAAACAAAAUUGUAGACCUGCACCAGGCUGGGAAGACUGAAUCUGCAAUAGGUAAGCAGCUUGGUUUGAAGAAAUCAACUGUGGGAGCAAUUAUUAGGAAAUGGAAGACAUACAAGACCACUGAUAAUCUCCCUCGAUCUGGGGCUCCACGCAAGAUCUCACCCCGUGGGGUCAAAAUGAUCACAAGAACGGUGAGCAGAAAUCCCAGAACCACACGGGGGGACCUAGUGAAUGACCUGCAGAGAGCUGGGACCAAAGUAACAAAGCCUACCAUCAGUAACACACUACGCCGCCAGGGACUCAAAUCCUGCAGUGCCAGACGUGUCCCCCUGCUUAAGCCAGUACAUGUCCAGGCCCGUCUGAAGUUUGCUAGAGUGCAUUUGGAUGAUCCAGAAGAGGAUUGGGAGAAUGUCAUAUGGUCAGAUGAAACCAAAAUAGAACUUUUUGGUAAAAACUCAACUUGUCGUGUUUGGAGGACAAAGAAUGCUGAGUUGCAUCCAAAGAACACCAUACCUACUGUGAAGCAUGGGGGUGGAAACAUCAUGCUUUGGGGCUGUUUUUCUGCAAAGGGACCAGGACGACUGAUACGUGUAAAGGAAAAAAUGAAUGGGGCCAUGUAUCGUGAGAUUUUGAGUGAAAACCUCCUUCCAUCAGCGGCCUAUACCAUUGAUUUAUCCACUGCUUUAACAUAUUCCUUCUGAUGUGUGUACAUCAUAUUUGUCAUGGAGAUGAGCGAUACUUCCUGGAAUUUUUUAUAUUACACUCCCCUGGUCAUGACAAAUGAGCCAGUAAUAUUCUACAACAAUACAACCUGCUAUGUUUAAUUGAAAGGUGUGCAGUCGGUAGGUAGCCUGGUCCCAUGAUGUUAUCCUGAAGGUUUAAAGCAUUGAUAUCCAUCGUAGAGGUCAUUAUAAUUAGACUGAAAGGUGGAUAUAAGUACCAUCUAUACUGUAUCUGUAGCCUAUAUCUUUAAGGGAUGGUUUAAGCCUAGCCUAGGAUAAUCUCCAUUGAAAAUGUUUUUUUUUUAGUCCAGCACUAGGAAUAAUCUGUGUCUGGGAAACCUGCCCUAAGGGUCUUCCUUGUUCCUGUCUGUCCAGGGUAAUGGUUCGGACACGUACCGUAGUCUCCCCCGGGAUGCAGGCAACCAGAGAGAUUUCCAGAGAGAGACGGCCCGCUCCUCCCUGAGCGCCAACCACCCCAUGGUAGACCGCUGGCUGGAGAGACGGGAG